AUGUCAGUCCAUCCAUCUUUUAUCUCUCCCACACUGACCUAUUUAACAGUUGAAGACACUUGGAUGAGGCUGUCCCAGGUCAUUGUCAAGGAUGCUCAAUAUGAUUCCCCUAAAUGUCACCUCCACCCAAAAUGCUUAGAAAGGACUCAGAUAGAUCUCCUCAAAUCCAUCCACAAAUUCCUGGAUGACCCAAAGAAGAGUCAACUCAUUUGGCUGCAUGGCAUGGCAGGCAUUGGGAAGUCUGCCAUUGCAUUCACUGUGGCUGAGACAAUGAAAAGUCUCAAAGUGACAGAGAAGACACAUGUCGAAAAGCAGCUUCGAGGAACAUUCUUUUUCUCAUGUGACAAGACAGAACGUCAUACCACUGGGUAUUUUUUUGCAACACUUGUCUACCAGCUUGCCACCAAUUUCCCCAGCAUCCAGAGUGACGUGAAUAGAGCUAUUUGCAGCAAUCCCACUCUACUAGAUGCUGACAUGCCUCUCUCUGACCAGAUGGAGGCUCUCUUUCUCCAACCUCUUUGGAAACUCCAACUCAGGUUACACAAGUGCCUGCCUUUGACAUUUGUUAUUGAUGCCCUUGAUGAA